ACUCCAGGGAAGCUAUUUGUUCGUGUAAAGUAAGACAACCAGGAAAAAUAUUUGCGCUAUUUUCCACUAUGACAGUCAUGACUGUUACUAUGCCACCUGGCACCUCCACUCGUGUUGCCACCGCGAUGUCUUAACAAUAUAGCGAGGGUGAAAGUGCAUCCCCUAGCCAACAUCGAGGGUCCGAGGCCACUGUGACAACACAGCCUCAUAGGGAAUAAGCUCUUGACUGGAGGAAAAUAGUUAAGCAAGGUUGCACAGGAAAGUUGUACUUGUGCCUGGCAUGUGCACUAUCAUUUUAUGCUUUAUAUACAGAUCACCUAGUUGCCAUUGGUGAAAGGAUAAUCGUAGCAGUAACGAGUUUACCAAAGAGUGUUUUGUGGCGAGUGACAUUUGGUGGUGAACCUUAAAGUGAAAAACAAACCCGAUAGAUUGAGUGGAGCAGCUUCUCCAUCACUAGUGUUGUUAUGCCGUCAUUCAACGCGCAUUUCUCGAGGUGACCUUACCAACUUGGGGAGGACAGCGAAAUUAUACGCCGUCGGAAGCCAUAAAAGAGAUCUGGUGAGGCACCAUGGCACACGCCAGCUACUCCCCGUCACGCAUCAGGGGACUGUCGGUGCGGGACAUUCGCUUCCCCACCUCCCUGGAGCUCGACGGAUCCGACGCUAUUCAUCCCGACCCUGACUACUCGUGUGCUUACGUCAUCCUGUACACUGAUACCACCUUCAAGGGACACGGCAUCGCCUUCACUAUUGGAAGAGGAAAUGAGCUAGUGGUGGCGGCGGUAAAGUCUCUGUCGCACGUGGUGGUUGGAAAGUCACUCCGAAAUAUCUUCGACGACUUCGCUGGCACCUGGCGGGCCCUCACUUCAGAGUCACAGAUGAGAUGGGUAGGGCCAGAGAAGGGUGUCAUUCACUUGGCUGUGGCAGCCAUUACCAAUGCUCUGUGGGACCUGUGGGCACGCAUCGAGCACAAACCACUAUGGAAGCUGCUUGCCGAUAUGGAGCCUGAGAAACUGGUGUCCACUAUUGAUUUCAGAUACAUCGGUGAUGUUCUGAAGAAAGAGGAGGCAAUACAGAUGCUCAAAGACAUGCAAUCAGGGAAGGAGAUGAGAGAAGAGAGAAUAUUGUCGCGAGGUUAUCCUGCCUAUACCACGAGUGCAGGUUGGCUGGGCUACAGUGAGGAGAAGAUCGAACGGUUGCUGAAAGAAUUCAUGUCGCAAGGCUGGAGGCACUUCAAGAUCAAGGUGGGCCAAGACCUUGAAGACGACAAGCGGAGAUGCAAGAUUGUUCGCAAAAUCAUAGGCGACGAGAGAACACUGAUGGUGGAUGCCAACCAGAAGUGGGAUGUGGACCAAGCCAUCGAGUGGAUGAAGGAGUUGGCGCCCUACAAACCCUUGUGGAUCGAAGAGCCUACAAGUCCUGAUGACAUCUUGGGUCACAAUACUAUUGCCAAGGCUCUCAGACCGCUCGGUAUUGGUGUGGCAACCGGAGAGAUGUGUCACAACAGAGUGGUCUUCAAGCAGCUGCUGCAGGCUGGCGCUAUCGACUUCUGUCAGAUUGAUGCCUGCCGGAUGGGUGGCGUGAACGAGGUCCUUUCCGUGUACCUCAUGGCAAAGAAGUUCAAUGUUCCCGUGUGCCCUCACGCCGGCGGGGUCGGCCUAUGCGAGAUGGUUCAACACCUCCAAAUGUGGGACUACGUGAGUGUGUCCGGCACUACCAAAAACCGCAUGAUUGAGUACGUGGGGAUUCUCUCCGAGCAUUUCAAAAAUCCCAGAAGAAUCAAUAGAUGCCACUACAUCGCCCCGAAGGUUCCUGGUUACAGCGUCGAGAUGUGGGAGAAAUCUCUGCUGGACUACGAGUAUCCUUAUGGCCCAAUGUGGAAGAAACUGUUCCUCGACGGCAAAUACCGAGACCCUCAGACCAGCCCGCCUCCAUGGGUGGAACGUCGCCUCUCCGGAGACAUCGUCAUGCGCUAAACACGAACAGACGACAGCCUUUGGCUAAUUGAUGCCGGAUUCCCCCUACACCUAAUUCAAAUAAAACUAAGUAAAAAGGGCUUGAUCACUCGAUUUUGACACACACACACACACACACACACACGUAAUCAUACAACAUAUUUGUCUGGUUUUCUGUGAUAUCAGCAGCUUUCUUUCCGCUGCCGUGUGUUUGUGUGUGUGUGUGUGUGUGUGUGUGUGUGUGUGUGUGUGUGUGUGUGUGUGUGUGUGUGUGUGUGUGUGUGUGUGUGUGUGUGUGUGUGUGUGUGUUUAAUAGAUAUCUGUACUGCCACAAUGCUCACACAACAGAACAGGAAUGUUGGAGUGGAAAACCAAGAGCUAGUCAGGAUUAUAUAUACUUAGGUACGUGAAAAUAACAGAUGAAAGGUGUGUGUACUUAUAUUGAGGCAGAAAAGUGACAUGCCUGCCUGUGUAGCCUUGAAAUAUUGCAUAACGCACUAAUUUGUAAAUACAUAGUAAAGUUUUAUUAUAGUUGUAUACGGUGCUCAUAAUUGCUUUCGACAUUGCAGAUAAUGACAAGCUGCACUUUCGUCUUGUUCAUGUGAAUUCUUAUUGGGGUAGCUCUUAUUUUGCAGCGACAAAUAAAGGCACGCAAUAAAAGGAAA